ACAGCAGGAUAUAAUUGAAAUCAAAUUCAAAUCAAGAGAUGAAUUUUCUGGACUAUGAAAAAGCGGUUGAAGUGUCUGAAAGAAACAAUUUCAUAUAGUUUGAAAUCAGAUAGCCAACGAAACUACAAACUAUUAAGUGUAAAACCUAGAUCUCAGAAAAUACAUCAAACUACUUGCGAUCAAUAAAUGAAUUUACUGUACUGAAAUUACCAUGCUGCCUUUUCAUAUAUCACUCUUCAACAAGUUGGUCCAUCAUUUCGUGUCAGCAUCAGAUGCUCUCAAAGAUGAUUGGUUCGUCGAAAAACAUUACAACGCUCAUUGCGCCGAAGAACUAAUCUUACGGAAAAAAGUGACAAUUUGUAAAGAAAACAAUGUCUCGGGAGAAAGCAGUGGGGAAGAGGACUUGGAGGACGAUGGAGUUUUUAGUGAUGAAUGUGGAACAGAUAUAUUGACAUGGGAUUACCAGAUUAUAUUCAGUGAGAGUUUUUGUGCGCCGAUUCUGUAUUUCAAUGUUUCCGACUCUAGCGGCAGGCCGGUGAGUUUGGAUGGAUUGCAGGUUGAAACAAAAAGUAAUUUCGGUGUAAUCUCACAACAAAUGCAUCCGAUUUUUAACUUUCCUUUCUACUAUGUGCAUCCUUGUGACAUGGCAAGCAAUAGCAGCUGGUUUAAACUAGCAAAAGAAAGUGGAACCAAUGCAUUGGUAACAUGGCUUUCAACUGUGGCCAGUAUUGUCAAUUUAACAAUUCCUGAACAAUAUUCACGUUACAAAUUUGACUAUUGAAUCUCGAAUUAUGGAACGUUUUUUUUCUUUAAUGUAAAAUUAUGCUCAAUUAUCGCUAAAUUUAAUAAAGAACAUGUGAGAAAUGACCAACAUUUAGCUCUUUGCUGACUACCUAGUAUCUUUAUCUAACAUUUGAGUUUAGGCGAUAGAAAAAUCUCAUCACCAUUCUUGUUUCUGUUUGUAAUUUGUUAAGAAAAAUUGAAUGAUGUGAAUGAUUUCAAAUAGAUGUCAUUUAACAAUA